AUGGCUACUGAGAUGCGCGAUUUAAAGAGGCAGGAGCGGCAGCUGUUGGCUACUUUUGAUGGCGCAAAGAAAUUUCUGCAAAAAUACAAGGCAGAGAAACAUUCCGGGCAAAUUGAAAAUCGUUUGGAGCUUCUUGAGGCUGCAAUGAAGAAGUUUUACAUCGUUCGGAGGAAAAUUGAGUUACUGGCCGAGGAAACAGAUGAAAAAGAGGCGACGGAUUCCAAGGAAUCGACAGCAGAACGUGCUGCUCGAUUAGAGGCGAAGGCGGAGGAGCGUGAUGCAGGCAAUGUCGAAAUCAUACAAUCAACAGAAGACUUCUAUUGUGAUCUUAGGUCAUCGUUGCAAGCUUUGCUUCCCAAACCAGUUGACCAGUCGUUACCUACGCCAGCACCGUCUUCAUUAUUGACUUCUUCUGAUAAAAUGUCCAGAGUCAAGCUUCCCGAAAUACGUUUGCCUAGCUUCGGCGGCAGAACUAACGAUUGGGUUACAUUUCGUGACAUGUUUCAAAGCCUGAUUCACAAAAAUGAUCAACUCAGUGCAAUUGAUAAGUUUUCGUAUUUACGUUCCUCCCUGGCAGGAGAAGCACGGCAGGAGAUUGAGUCUAUAGAGAUGUCGGUAGUAAAUUACCCAAUUGCUUGGGAUUUGCUGAAAAAGCGCUACGAGAAUCGAAAGUUGAUCGUGAAGGCUCAUCUUGAUGCGUUGUUUGCUGUUGAACCGAUGAAACGGGAAAGUUAUGAUGCUUUAAAUCAUGUCAUCAGCGAGUAUGACAAAAACCUACAAAUGCUUGAAAAGGUUGGAGAAGAUUGCUCGCAAUGGAGCACAAUUCUAGUGCAUAUGAUGUGCUCUAAACUGGAUCAGGUUACGCUGCGAUACUGGGAAUCGCACCAUAGUUCUAAGGAAGUGCCACAAUACAGUGAACUUGUUGCUUUCCUUCGGAAUCACUGCGUUGUUCUUCAAUCGAUCGUGCCAUCUAAGCCAGUUACCAGUGAAGUGAGAAAACCUAAAUUUGCUGUGGUUCAUGCUUCCAUCCAGUCGGCCAAACGAUGUCCGUUUUGCGGAGAGAGUCCGCAUUCCGCGUUCAGAUGCCAGAAAUUUAUGAAAUUGAAAGUGAAUGAGCGUUAUGAGAAGGUGAAGCGCAAUGGGUUGUGUCUAAACUGCUUUUCGUCCACACAUCUUGUUCGGGAUUGUACACAUGGCGCGUGCCAUCAUUGUCAUCAAAAACACCACUCCCUGCUACAUCUUGGAUCAUCGAACAGUGAAAAAUUUGUCGCACCAGCAUCGCAGAAAGAUUCCUCCGUCCCACGUGUACAGAACGGACCCCAAGGAAUGAACACACCACACACACAUCCACAAGCCCAGAACCAAACCAUACCUCCCCAGCACACAAGCCAAUCUACGAGCUCAUACCCUAUCGCAAAUACAAAUUCGCAUUCGCAAACACACCCACCAACCACCACAGAUCCAAUUCCCAAUUCCAAUUGCCUUUCUACAAAUAUCUAUGCCCCAACCCGACAAGUUUUGUUAUCAACCGCCUUGGUACGAGUAUCGGAUAUGCACGGAAAUGUUCAGUUAGCUAGAGCACUAUUGGACUCUUGCUCAGAGUAUUGCUUCAUCACUACGAAACUUGCUCAAAAACUCAAGUUAGUAGAAGGUGCUAGUUACCUGUCCGUGGCAGGUAUUGGCGGUUCCGUAGUUCAGUCUACAAAGAAGGUCGAAGCAACAAUUGCGCCUCGAUCUUUAUCGAUUCCAUCAUACAUCGAAACUAUUCAACUGCACGUAUUGCCGAAGCUUACUUCCAAACUACCGCUACAGGCAGUAAACGUGCAGAAACUGUCCCUCCCAAACACCAUAACACUGGCUGAUCCUGACUUUCAUAAGCCCGGCUCAAUCGAUAUGAUUAUUGGGGCGGAAUAUUACUACGAUUUGCUGUUAAAUGAACGUAUGAAGCUUACAGAUGAGGGACCCACUCUGCAGAAGACCGUAUUUGGAUGGGUUGUAUCAGGACGUCUUCCUGGCAGCGUUAUGGAAGUUCGUAGAACUGUAACUCACUCAUGUUCGACCCUCGCUCUUCGUGAAAUGUUAGCUAAGUUCUGGGAGUUGGAAACUUGUACCAUUAAGAGCACGCAUUCUGUGGAAGAAACGGCGUGUGAAGAGCUGUUUGAAUAUACAACGGUACGUGAUGAAGAAGGAACAUUCGUUGUGACACUGCCGAAAAAGGACUAUGUUAUAAGUCAGUUAGGGGACUCGAAGGCAAUUGCACUCAAAAGAUUCUACGGGUUAGAAAGACGUUUUGCAACGAACGAGGAGCUGAAAACCUUAUAUAGCGAAUUCAUUCGAGAAUAUAUAUCGAUGGGUCACAUGCGUGAGAUUCACGAGGACACUAGCGAAACUACGUCAUAUUACAUGCCUCAUCAUGCCGUUUUGAAACCCGACAGCACCACGACAAAACUGCGGGUUGUAUUCGACGCUUCUAGUCGUACGUCUACUGGAGUCUCUUUGAAUGAAGGUCUAAUGGUGGGACCCGUCGUUCAGGACGACUUACUAUCAAUCAUUCUACGAUUUCGCUUUCGACAAUUCGUAUUAGUAGCGGAUGUGGCCAAGAUGUACCGUAUGGUAAAGGUGGUUGAUACCGAUCAGCCGCUUCAGCGCAUUCUGUGGAGGGAAACUCCUACUGAACCCAUUAAAUCGUUCCAAUUGACCACUGUCACCUAUGGGACAGCGUCAGCGCCGUACCUGGCAACCAAAUGUCUUCAGAAGUUAGCGUGCGAAGGAGAGUCUACACACGCAGCUGCAGCAAGGGUAAUCAAGAAAGACUUUUACGUCGAUGAUAUGCUGACCGGCACAGAUAGUUUGGAAGAAGGAAAAAUGCUUGCGGCAGAGGUCAUCGAGCUCAUGAGUUCGGCAGGAUUUAUGCUGCGAAAGUGGAACUCGAAUAGCGCAGAACUUUUAUCGACCGUUCCUCAGGAGCUUAGGGAUACUCGAGCUUCCCUAGAGCUCGAUUCGUCAUCGUCUUCAGUUAAAACAUUGGGGCUGAUUUGGGAGCCAGCCUCUGACAGCUUUCGAUUCACUGUACCGUCUUGGAAUACUGGAGGAACAAUCACCAAGCGAGUAGUACUUUCGGACACAGCUCGGCUUUUUGACCCCCUUGGGUUAAUUGGUCCCGUGGUAGUCCUAGCUAAAAUUUUCAUGCAGGACUUGUGGAAGCAGAAGAACGAUUGGGAUGAAGUUCUGCCAGACAAAUUCCAAUCCUUCUGGACCGAAUAUCGUAGAAACAUUUCGGCAUUAGAGUCGCUGUCCGUUCCAAGAUGGACGAAUUUCAGCAACAACUUGAAAGCCGUAGAGCUCCACGGCUUCUGCGACGCUUCGGAAGCAGCAUAUGGUGCAUGCUUAUAUCUGCGGUGUGAAUUGGAUGACGGCUCAGUCACAGUCCGCCUGAUAACAUCCAAAUCUCGCGUCGCCCCAUUAGAAGAUCUCUCUCGCAAGAAGAAGAAGUUGUCUAUACCUCGUUUAGAACUCUCGUCCGCAUUGUUACUUAGUCAUCUGUAUGACAAGCUCUGCAGUAGCAUAGAACUCUCCGCCAAGGCAUAUUUUUGGACCGACUCUACAAUAGUCAAGUGUUGGUUAUCCUCUCUGCCAUCCCGAUGGCAAGCAUUUGUUGCACAUCGUGUAUCGGAGAUUCAGCAUCUCACCAAAAAUGGAGUAUGGAGUCAUGUAGCCGGCGUUGAAAACCCGGCAGACAUCAUUUCGCGGGGAAUGACACCCGUACAGUUACAAUAUCAAACCUUAUGGUUCAACGGUCCGUUAUGGCUGCGUCAAGACCGUUCGACAUGGCCAAAUCUAUCGGAAGAACAACCAGUUCUCGACAAAUCUCUGUUAGAAGAAAGAGCAUCAACAUCGCUUCCUGUUCGAGGUAUGGCAACCAGCGAAAUCUUCGCUUUACGUUCCUCGCUUCCGGACCUCGUUCGACUAGUUGGGUGGAUUCGGCGUUUUAGAUACAAUUCCACAAAUCGCGCAAACAGACGCAUUGGUAAUCUGUCCUGCGCUGAGUACAAUGAAGCGGAAGUUGCUCUAGUAUGUUUAGUUCAACGCGAAAGCUUUCAAGAAGAAAUUUCGGCCCUUUCGAAGGGACAAACGCUAAAAUCAUCGUCCAUUAUUUUAUCGACUAAUCCUCGCCUGAGGGAUGGUGUACUUCGUGUUGGCGGCCGGCUAACGCACGCACCCGUUCCAGAAACUCGUAAACAUCCCAUAAUUCUGCACCACCAACAUCCAUUUACAAGGCUGGUGCUAGAAUACUAUCAUCGUAAACAUUUCCAUGCCGGACAGCAACUAUUGAUUGCUUCAGUUCGCGAAAAGUAUUGGCCAACCCGUAUUCGCAGUCUAGCCCGUUCGGUAAUUCAUCGUUGCAUUUCCUGUUUUCGAAGUAAGCCGAAAAUUCAUGAACAACUAAUGGCUGAUUUACCUUCGGUUCGGGUUACACCUGGAGCAAUAUUCUAUUCAGUGGGACUUGAUUUUUGUGGACCGUUUCAAAUCAAAUACCCAGGACGUCGGAGUAACCCGAUAAAGACCUUCGUAUGCAUAUUUGUCUGCCUAGUAACCAAGGCAGUCCACAUGGAAGUUGUGGCUGAUCUUUCGACACAAGCGUUUUUGGCAGCAUUAAAACGAUUCGUUGCAAUUCGUGGGAAACCACAGACAAUUAUGUGCGACAAUGCUACCAACUUCGUUGGAGCAAAUAGAGAACUCGAACAACUACGACUACAAUUGUGCGACCAGCUGUGCCAGUAUGUUGUAUGCAAGUAUGCCGAAGAGGAAGGAAUAGACUUUAAGUUUAUCCCACCUCGCUCCCCGAAUUUUGGAGGAUUGUGGGAAGCGGCUGUAAAGUCUUUCAAGGGCCAUUUUCGCAAAACCAUUGGAACCCGAACGUUAACCUACGACGAGAUGCACACCGUCGUUCAGCAAAUUGCGGCUAUCUUAAACUCCAGGCCAUUAACACCGUUAAGUAACGAUCCGCAUGAUUUCUCAGCAUUAACUCCGGGACAUUUCCUGAUAGGCAGACCGCUCACGGCAAUACCGGAACCAGAUCUGCAGGAAAUCCCUGAGAACCGUCUCUCGCAUUGGCAACAGGUGCAAAAUUUCGUUCAACAAUUAUGGCGAAAAUGGAAAAUGCAAUAUCUGUCUGACCUGCACAACAGGACGAAAUGGACUCAACAACGCGACAAUAUCAAACUUGGAACGAUGGUCGUAGUUAAAGAGGACAAUUAG